AUGUCCCGCUCCCGCUCCCGCUCCACCGUGGGCAGCGACGCCCACGACCGCCUCGAACCGCGCCUCCAAAAAGCAGCCGAACACAACGACCUCGAAGCCCUGACCAUCAUCGUCAACCUCUCCCGCGAAAAUGGCCAAUUCAGCGACUCCUUCCUCCGCGUCGGCCUCAUGCGCGCCACCGAGCGCGGCUGCAUCGAAGCAACGCACUACCUCCUCCGCCAGGGCGCAAAAGCAGACAUCCCCAACCUUGACCACACGGGAAACCGCCCCUCGCCAUUAUUCCGGGCCGUCGAACGGAACCAUGUGCGCAUUGCGCAGUUGCUGUUGGAUUACGGGGCGUCGCCGGAGACGGUGGAUAAGAAGGGGCGGACAGCGCUGAUGACGGCUGCGUGGCGGAAUCAUUGGCAUAUGCUUGAUUUGCUGAUUGCGCGGGGGGCGAAUGUGAAUGCGAAGGACAAGAGGGGGCGGAAUGCGCUGCAUAAUCUUGCUGCGGAUAAGGUGUGUGAUUGGGGGGAUGAUGUUGUGCGGUUGCUGCUUGGGACGGCGUGUGCUGUUGAUGGGGAGGAGGGGAGAGAUUUGUUGGGUCGGACGCCGUUGCAUUGGGCGUGCGCGACGGGGAAGAUACGGUUGGCGGAGUUGUUGCUUAUGCGGGCUGGGCCGUUUGUGGUUGAUAUUGAUGCCGUGGAGUUUCGGAAUAAAACGGCGUUGCAUAUUGCGGCUGCGCAUGGGAGGGAUGAUGUUGUAGAGUUGUUGUUGCGGUAUGGGGCUAAUUUGGAGGCGCGGAGUGAUGGUGGGUGGACGGCGUUGCAUAAUGCGAGUGAUAAGGGUUCUGUGCCGACGGUUUGUAUGCUGUUGCGGGCUGGGGCCAAUGUUAACAGUCAGCUGUUGAAUGGUGUGACGCCGUUGCAUUUGGCUGCGCAGGCUGGGCAUACUGCGAUUGUCGAGUGUCUUCUUGAACGGCCGGAUUUGAAACGGCGUGUUAGGGAUAACUUUGGGAGUACGCCAUUUCUGCGGGCCGCGCAGUUUCAUCGCAAGGAUAUUGUGUUUCUUCUGGCGCCGUUUAACAAUGUCGAAGCUCUCUCGCCUGAUGCCAAGGGGGCAUGUGAAAGCUUCGAAGCGACGAUUGUCGAUUUUGGCAACUAUCACAACGAGAACCGUGUGCAGAAGACCUCAGUCUACAACCUGCUGUACGGCCGCGACAAGGAAAACCCACGCAAGCAGGCCUUCAAGGCCCUUCCUACUGACAGCGGAGUGACGGAUUUCCGCUGGAUCCAUCUACCCGCUAAUAACAUGGCAUGGGUAGAGACCUUGCUCACCAAAGCAUUCAUCGAAGAGGGUCUACAUGAUGUUGACGGGUUCAAGGGCCUGGAGAAAUCGUUCAACUACCAGCACCGCGGGCAAUGGAUACAUUCGCAUUUCAUGCGGCCGAUAUGUCAAAGUACGCCAAGGGCUACGGCUACCAAGUCUCGUGACGAGGAGUCGAGCUCAGAAGAUACUCUCUCGCCCCUUUCGCCUAGUAUAACGGUGAACGGGCAGACGAUUGUGGAUGGACGGCCUCGUGAUCCCAGAGGAGAAAAGCAAAGCCACAGCCACCCCGAGAACAACGGCCACGGCCACCAUCGUCGGCAUAGCAGCAACAAAAGCAAGAAAAAGAAUACCGGUAAAACAGAUUACUUUGCAGACAAUGCAAGUGCCCACAGCAAGAAGAAGGGUGCCAAGCACCCGGGAACUCCCAAGGGAGAGGCGAAGAGUAAGCCGCCAUUUGGUCGUGAGCAACAUUCGUCAACAUGCAGGGACUCGACAGCGUCCAAUGUUUGCAUCUUUAUGCCGUAUCUUCAUUUCGAGACUGCGGAGCGACGACAGAGGAUGCAGGAGGCUAUCCAGCGGGCAGAACUUGUUAGACGACGGCGUUUACCGCCGCCUCCACCGGUGCCCUCGUUCACUCCGGACCAGGUUAUAGGUCGGUCUGUGUCGCGAGAUGAGAUGUUGAUUAACGCGCAUCUUACGUCUUCGUCUACUGCCUCACUGCAUGUCCGACGCACGCUGGACCAGUUCUUUUACCCGAACAUCGAUACCAGUACCCGAGACCAGGAUCAAGUGGUGUACCGGUAUCAAACAAGAAGUGACGAUGGGCGCUGUGACGACCCGAAAAUCUUCAUGGUCGACCAGCUGUGGAUGUGGAUUCUGGGCCCUAAUUUGAUCGUGACGAGCUUUGCUCAGCGGUGGGAGCAGCCCAAGAAUGACCCGCUGAAUGUGCUGGACGGAAUCAUUGAGGAUAUCAACUCGAAAACCCGUGAUCCGGUGACUUCAGUGUAUGACCUGGCGAUUGCGAUAACGAACCGGUGUUCUGGAGUGUUUGAUCGCCACCGGAUGGACGAGGAGUACCAGUUCCUGGACAUGUUUGAAUCAGCGGUUGGACUAGCAACAGACCGGGAGACGGUGCUAUUCCGCCAGUUCAACGCAGCGUCACUCCAAGCAUCACAAUGGCUCAUGAACCACCGCAAGCUCAACCGUUGGGCACGCCACGUCCAAAAACAAGAAGAACAAACAAUAAAAUACCGCCCUUGGAUCCUCGAUGACACAGACUCCUGGGCCUACCAUGAAUCCGAAGAACCCCUCUUCGUCGACAAACUGCUCGACAUCGGCCAAGAAACUGACCUCCUCGCCGAAGCAAAAGACAUCCGCGACGAACUCAACAUCAUCCGCACAAUCCUGCAACACCAAAAAGACAUCCUCGACGACCUCCAAGACAUCAUCUGCGGCAUCCACACCCACCAAAACCGCCCGCAAACAGACAUCAAAAAACGCUUCAAAGAACAACAACGCACUAUCGACAUGCACCUGAAGGACAUCGAACGCAUGGACGCCCAGGCCGAACGCGUCUACUACUCCAUAACAGACCUCCUGGAUCUAAAACAGAAACAAGCCAGCGCAAACGAAGCCCGUUUCGCGCGUGACCAGGCUGCAGGGACAACCCGCCAGGGGAAAAUCAUCCUCGUCUUCACCAUCGUCACUAUCAUCUUCCUGCCUUUAUCUUUUAUCACGUCAUUCUUCACAAUCAACCUCGCCGAGUUCCCGCACGACGCCGACGGCGAUACUCAACUGCACCUCUCCUACGUCGGCAGAUACACUUUCGGCAUCGGCUUCGCCAUAUCCAUCCCAUUAAUCGCUCUAGCUCUCGCAGUCGACGAAAUCGGGAACACAUUCCGGCUCGUACGCCGGUAUUGCACAGAGCAAUUCUCCAAAUUCGCCGGUAACGACAACACUAAGACGCGGGCGAUGUGGAAACAGGAAAAGAUUCAGGAUAUGGAGUAUGAGGCUGCUGUGGAGAGGAUUCGGAGGAAAAGUAUGGAGACGGAGUUUGCAGGGAGUUUGUUGCCUGUUUCGACGAGGGGGACUGGACGGACUGGACGGACUGGGAGGACGGCGGCGUUUAGGGUUGAGGGGUUUGGGAGGAGGUUUUAUGAUUAA